AUGACCAAUUGGGUGUUGGCCACAUUCAUGUGGAGACCCACAGGAGCUUUCAGUGCUGAAGUUUUACUGUGUGUCUGUGUUCAGCCAGCACCUUUACCUUUGUAUUGUGCAGACCAAACAAACACCAUUACAGCCAACUUUUGUUGCCAUUGUGCUAUUCGAACAUUGAGUUUCAAUUUGCUCAAUGCUGGAACCUACACUUUGAUGCGUGGCCCCUCAGUGAUAAGCGUACGCUUUAUGCGGGACCGACUGGUCGGUGUUCCACGUCAAUUACGACGGCGUUGUUUCUCAAGCUCAACAUUGACCUUGCCGGGUCUGUCGCGCUGUUCUGCCUUCGCCCAGAUAACGAAUACGUCACUGUUGCGGUCUCUUAGCUCACCAUGGAGCCCGGCUCAUAGGCAAGGUUUUCAUUGUACCACCGCGACUUCUGCAAGACCUGCGCAGCCUUCUCGUUCCUCUUUGGAGGAUCGUAUUCUUGCGAUUCCGAUCGAACGGUAUCGGAACUUCUGCAUAGUAGCUCAUAUCGACCAUGGGAAGAGCACGCUUAGCGACCGUUUGUUGGAGCUCACGGGGACUAUCUCCGCCAGCGAUGCGAAUAAGCAGAUUCUGGACAAGCUUGACGUAGAACGAGAACGAGGUAUUACUGUAAAAGCCCAGACCUGUACCAUGAUAUACAACCAUAAAGGUGAUGACUACCUACUACACCUGGUAGAUACGCCUGGACAUGUCGACUUCCGCGCAGAAGUGACGCGAUCCUACGCCAGUUGUGGUGGUGCUCUUCUCCUCGUCGACGCCAGCCAGGGUAUUCAGGCGCAAACCGUUUCUAAUUUUCACCUCGCAUUCGCCCAGGAUCUGGCCCUCAUUCCUGUCGUCAAUAAGAUUGAUAUGCCGUCUGCGGACGUGCCCCGUGUACUGGAUCAGAUGCAAAGUUCGUUCGAGCUAGAUCCUGCUUCCGCUGUCCUCGUGUCGGCUAAGACUGGUAAGAACGUGGCAAAUAUUUUGCCCGCUGUUGUGGAAAGAAUGCCGCACCCAUUGGGUGAUACUUCGAAGCCGCUGCGCAUCUUACUGGUGGAUUCUUGGUACGACAACUUCCGAGGCGUUAUCCUUCUAGUCCGGGUCUUCGAUGGCCAGGUCAAAGCCGGCGACAACCUUGUGUCAUUCGGAACUGGCCAACGAUAUACUGUUGGUGAAGUUGGCAUACAGUACCCGAACGCUGUCCCUCAAAGCGUUCUCCGCGCGGGUCAAGUCGGCUACAUUUACUUCAACCCAGGCAUGAAGCGUAUCCAGGAUGCUAAGCUGGGUGACACAUUUACAACGGUUGGCUCUGAGGAUGUUGUAAAGCCGUAUCCUGGUUUUGAAGAGCCUAAACCAAUGGUCUUCGUUGCUGCAUUCCCUACCGAUCAGAGUGACUACACCCGUCUUGCAGACAGCAUUAGCCAAUUAGUACUAAACGACAGAAGUGUGACAUUGCAGAAAGAUUAUUCUGAGGCACUCGGAGCAGGUUGGCGGUUGGGGUUUCUUGGUAGCUUGCAUUGCUCCGUCUUUCAGGAUCGACUGAAGCAGGAACACGGCGCCAGUAUCAUCAUCACUGAUCCAACUGUGCCAACUAAGGUUGAGUGGGCGGAUGGGUCCGAGACAAUAUACCAGAACCCUGCUGAAUUUCCCAGCCAAGAUGAGCACCGAAUGCGUGCCGCAACCGCAUAUGAACCAUUUGUUACAGCCACAAUCACUCUCCCAGAGGAGUAUUUAGGUCGCGUUAUAGAACUCUGCGAGAGUCAACGUGGUGAGCAAAAGAGUCUCGAAUUCUUCCACGCUACGCAGGUUAUCCUUAAGUAUGAGAUACCUGCUGCUCAGCUUGUUGACGAUCUAUUCGGUAAACUGAAAGGGGUAACCAAGGGAUACGCGAGCUUGGACUAUGAGGAGUCUGGUUGGCGCGCAAGUCAGCUCACGAAGCUGCAGCUUCUCGUCAACAAGCAGCCUGUCGAUGCUAUCUGUCGUGUUAUCCAUACUUCCCAGGCUGAGCGCCUUGGUCGACAAUGGGUGACAAAGUUCAAGGAGCAUGUUGACAGACAGAUGUUUGAGGUUGUCAUUCAAGCGGUCGCUGGCAAACGCAUAGUUGCCCGUGAGACUAUCAAGCCAUUUCGAAAAGAUGUGCUUGCAAAACUCCACGCCAGUGACAUUACUCGCCGAAAGAAGCUGUUGGAAAAGCAAAAAGCAGGUCGCAAGCGUCUGCGCGCUGUGGGCAACGUCGUCAUUGACCAGUCGGCCUUUCAGAGCUUCCUUGCCAAAUAA